UGACCCGUCAAACCAGUCUCCCACUUUCUUUGUCAACGAUUUUUCACGUCUUCAGCGAUGUCCAGAACCAUAGAGACUACAACAGCGACGCCGCCGCAGCGAGAUCCAUCGCAGUCUCAUGUCGUGGUAUCAAGAUCACCUCGGCAGUCAGCGUUCUGUGCCAUUUUCACCAUGCUCAUCGCCGUCCUUCUCUUCAACCUCGCCGCUUACACCGUCACCGCCAUAUACACUUCUCUCACGAGCACGCCCACUGUCUUAAGCUCUACCAAACUCCGAGCAAGUGAUUGCGAGUGUCCUCUCCCUCAACAGCAACAAGACUGGCUCGUCCCCGCACCAGCAAUCACCAAACUCUGCUUUAUAGCCAACCUGAUGCUAGGCAUGGCGAGCGGAGCUCUGCUGGUGGUUGCGUUCCUCUGGUGGAUGACAAGUGCGUCAGAGGUGUCUAUCUCUGUGAGGAAUUAUGCACUAAGAUGGGGAAUUGGGGCUGGAAUCGUGGGACUUGUGUUAGUGCAUAUUCUGUUUAUGAAGAGGUUAGUGGAGGGCGGUGGAUUGGUGAUGGCUGUUAAUACUAUUCUGGGCUUGGCUUUGACUGGAUUGGUAUUUGGUACAAUGGAGUGAUCUACAUUUAGGAGCUUGGACUCGAUCUAGAAUUCUCUAGAGAAAAGGAGGUGUUGAGAUGGCUCUUCGGGUACGAUAAAACUGGCUUAUUUAGACAAGCAUCUAAAACCC